UUUUGGCCAUUCAUUCGAACGCGAUCGAUUACUCGUUCGUUCCGCGCGCUCUGCAACUGCAACUACUCUAGUAGUUGUGCGUGGUUGGUACGUGAGAUUUGGCGCUCGGCGGGUUCAAAAAUGGCUCUGUUCAGAAUUACAUCUACGAAAUUAAUAGAAGUGCAGAAAGCAUGCCCGACGGCAUCGAUUCUGCUCCGGGGCCUAAGCGCCGAGAGCACCAACCUGAAGAGCGUUCUCCAGGAGAAGAUCCCCAAGGAACAGGAGAAGAUCCGCGAGUUCCGCAAGAAGCAUGGCAGCACUAAAGUCGGCGAGGUCACCGUCGAUAUGAUGUACGGAGGCAUGCGUGGCAUCAAGGGUCUAGUGUGGGAGACCUCAGUUCUGGAUGCCGACGAGGGUAUCCGUUUCCGCGGCAUGUCCAUCCCCGAGUGCCAAAAGGCCUUGCCCAAGGCUAAAGGCGGCUCAGAGCCGCUGCCUGAAGGUCUGUUCUGGUUGCUCGUCACCGGCGAUGUUCCCACAGAAGCGCAAGUCAAGGCCAUCUCCAAGGAGUGGGCCCAGAGGGCCGAGCUGCCCGCGCACGUGGUGACGAUGCUGAACAACAUGCCCGCCAAGCUGCACCCCAUGUCCCAGUUCUCGGCGGCCGUCACCGCGCUCAACAGCGAGUCCACCUUUGCCAAAGCCUACUCCGAGGGUGUACACAAGUCCAAGUACUGGGAGUACGUGUACGAGGACUCAAUGAACCUGAUCGCCAAGCUGCCCGUGAUCGCCGCCACCAUCUACCGGAACACCUUUCGCGACGGCAAGGGCAUCGGCGCCAUCGACGACAACAAGGACUGGUCCGCCAACUACUGCACCAUGCUCGGCUUCGACGACCCCAAGUUCACCGAGCUCAUGCGCCUCUACCUCACCAUCCACAGUGACCACGAGGGCGGCAACGUCUCAGCGCACACCACCCACCUGGUCGGCUCCGCGCUGAGCGACCCCUACCUCUCCUUCGCCGCCGGCCUCAACGGCCUCGCCGGACCCCUGCACGGACUCGCCAACCAAGAGGUACUUGUUUGGCUGGAGAAACUUCGCAAACAGGUUGGCGACAACUGGACGGAGGAGGGACUCAAAGAGUUCAUCUGGAAGACGCUCAAGUCUGGCCAGGUCGUGCCUGGCUACGGACACGCCGUACUUAGGAAGACUGACCCCAGGUACACUUGCCAACGCGAGUUCGCCCUGAAGCACCUGCCCAAUGACCCCCUGUUCAAACUGGUCGCCGGCGUGUACAAGGUGGUGCCCCCGAUCCUCACCGAGCUCGGCAAGGUCAAGAACCCGUGGCCCAAUGUGGACUCCCACUCUGGCGUCCUUCUACAGUAUUACGGUCUGAAGGAGAUGAGCUACUACACGGUGAUGUUCGGCGUGUCGCGCGCGCUCGGCGUGCUCGCGCAGAUGGUGUGGUCGCGCGCGCUCGGCCUGCCCAUCGAGCGGCCCAAGUCCCUCAGCACCGACAUGCUGAUCAAACAGCUCGGCAAGUAACCGCCCCACACCAACGAUUCACAACGACCGCUCGGUCCUAUGAAUUGAACAAACAGUUCGAUUCACACCCAACCCGAUAGUCAAUACCGGCGCGUCCGGCGUCACAGAUCAGAAAUCAAUCACCUAGAAUUGUAUUAAUUUAUUAUUUCAUCUAGUAGUAAGAGUAAGUGAUGCAUUUGUUUGAUUGCUGUUUGAAUUUAUAAUUAUUAUAAUUGUUGUUAAACGUAAGCAAAUAUUGCUACCCGUGUACUUAUUUCUGUGAUGAUAUUAUUGUUUAACUUUAUAUAUUGUAUUGUAAAUUAUAAUAUUGUUUAUAAUUAUUAAUAUUAUUUACUAUACUAAAAUUAUAUUUGUUAUAUACCUAUUAUGAGAAGUAUCUGAUUGACUAGCGGUGUGAUUCGACUGCCAACUUCACGUAGUGUAACGAACGAAACUACCUAGUGUUGUAGAAGUCAAUAAUUAAAUCAUAGAGCGGUAUGCUGUGCAUACCUCGCUAUAGAGAAUUAUGUAUAUUAUAGUGAUAACAUAUACACAUCAACAUCAUAUACUAUUUAUUGAAACCGAAACGAGUAAACAAUUAUGUAGUUGACUCAGUAUUCUUUUCUGCAUUGUAACCGCAAUAGCUGUUGAA